AUGACCGUGUCCAAGAAGCAGCCCACCGUGCCGCCCGUGCUCGACGUGCCCAACGCGGGCGAGUCGGAGCAGUUCUGGAUCGACACCGACUACUCGGACAAGAUGCGUUUCUGGGCCAAGCGCUUCUACCCGACCGAGGCGGGCCAGGAGGUGCAGCCCAAGUCGACGACCAUCUUUGUGCACGGCUUUGUCGAGUACGUCGACCGCUACCGCAACAUCUUCAAGCUGUGGCCGAGCAAGGGCCACGAGAUCCUGGGCUUUGACCAGCGUGGCUGGGGCAACACCUGCCGCUCCUCGUCGGAGCCCGUCAAGAACUACGGCAACACGACGUGGCCGCAGCAGUUCCAGGAUCUGGAGCACGUCAUCCGCACCACGCGCCAGCGCCUCGACGAGCGAUGGGGCGCCAACAAGGUGCCCAUCUUCCUGCUCGGACACAGCAUGGGCGGCGGCAUCGUCACCGCCUUCCACACGCGCAGCGACGAGUGGAAGCAGCAGCACGCCGCCAACGCGCCGUCGCAGGAGGCCAAGGACAUGGUCGCCGGUGUCGUCGCCUGCGCUCCCUGGCUCACGCUCACCAAGCCGCCGCCCUGGUUCGUCGUGUGGGGCGCCACCAAGAUCCUCUCGCUCAUCCCCGAGAUGCACUGGAGCGUCGAUCUGUUGGGCAAAAACAUCUCGCGAGACCCCGUGGUCGCCAGCAACUUUGAAAACGACCCGCUCUCGGAGAAAAAGGUGUACCUCAAGGCUAUUCAGGGCCCGCUGCAGGGCGGCAUGGACAUUGUCGAAAAGGCGUACCAGCACUGGCCCGAGUCCAAGCCGCUGCUCGCCAUCCACGGAACCGCCGAUCUGGUGACCAGCCACAAGGGCUCGCAGAUGCUCAUCGACCGCGUCAAGGCGAGCGACAAGACGCUCAAGCUCUUCGACGGCUACUAUCACGACUUGCUCAACGAGCCCGGCCAGGACAAGGUCAUCGUGGCCGAAUAUGUGAUUGGGUACGUCGCACCAAACCUGCUCUUACUGCUUGCCGAGCGACGCAGCUGA